AAAUCCACGCAAUCCGGCAUUGCAAAGCUGUAGAACCGACGCGAAAGCAUCAAAUUCUCACAUGACAUCGUGACUCGACCUCGCCGUCCAGAUCCUCGGCCUCGGCCUCAUGGCCAAGCUAGCUCAGUAGAAAGUAGAUCUUCCAAAUCUUCGUCCUCUGUUUUCAAUUUCAGUCCUAUCUCGCAGGCAAAUCAUUGUUUGUCGACCUGGUACUCUCGUGUUAUUACUGUUUUGUGUCAGCCACAUUGCCAGUGUUUGCGUUGUUACUACUGCUCUGUCGAGCGGCCCUGACUAUCGCAACGGCGAGGCGAACAGAGCUUUGACCAAUACUAAUAGGUGCUAUAAUUAUUAUUUGAAAAUAUUUGAAAACAGCGCAGCAUGGAAGUCACUAUGCCGAACGGAGGUUCCGGCUUGGACGCGGAGAAAUUGGCCGCUGCCUUUGCCGCGGCCAUGGAACAGUGCGGCAUGUCAGGUGACGGGGAUUUGGUAGAAGAUGAGAAGUCCAAGAAGAAAAAGAAGGCGAAAAUUCGCGAGGUGAAAGAGGAUGGCAAUGACGUCAGUGAGGAUGAAGAUGAGGAGGGCAGUGAUGAGGAGGGCAGUGAUGAGGAUGACUCGCCGUGGGAGCAGGUCAGACGUGGGAUCCAGAAGCGCCUGAUCACGUUCUCGCCGCUGGAGGCGCCGGAUUUCUGCUUCGGAUGCUAUGCUCUGGUGCAUUUCCGCUCUACGAUACUGGAGAAAGGUGGCAAGGAGACUACCCUGGACGACACACACACGCUCAAGGGCGGUCCCCUGGAGUAUCUGGUGCACGCUGAGCAGAUAUUCCCCGUGCUGAUGGAGGUGCUCCAGGAGAUGCGAGUCCAGGAGGUUGCGCACUUCAUUGUCGACGCUGACCGCUUGGACGGCUACAGCAAGCUAAUGACGUGGUGGAGACAGAAGUGCAAGCAGCGGCGCCCUGACGUAUCCAGCGGGGCGGAGCGAUCCGCGGCGAUUGUCUCUGACGACGACGACAAGGAGAACGCCGACCUGGCUGCGUUCUCCCGCAGCGGCCUGCCACUGCGCCUGGAGGUCGAGCUGUGCGCGCUGGACCCGCCGUGUGACGUGGAGCGCGACAUGCACCUGGUGGAGACCCCGGAGCAGAAGGCGGCGCUGGUCCCUCGCCUGCGGCAGCGCGGCGUCGACCUCUAUCGCAUGCACCGUCUGGACAUGGCCUACGACCGCUUCUGCACGGCCGUCAGCCUGGCGCAGGAGCUGCUGGAGUUUGAGACGCCCACCGGCGAGCACUUCCGCCGCUACCAGACCGAUCUGCUUCUGCCGCUGGCCCUUAACUGUUCCCAGUGCGCACUCAAUCGCGGCGAGUUUGAGCGCGCCGUCACCUGGUGCACGCUGGCACUCGGCGUGGAACCAGACAACGUCAAGGCGUUAUUCCGUCGCGCCCGUGCCUACCUGGGUGCCUGGGAGCCGGACCUGGCUCGGCGCGACUACCAGCUCGCUCAGCAGCUCGACCCGUCGCUGGAGCGGCUCGUCGAGAAGGAGCUCGCGCGCCUCGCCGAGCAGGAGAUUGAGGCCAGCCGGCAAACCGCCGAGAUGCUGACCCAGUUCUCGCAAACCGGCACGCUGGAGUUGCCCGCUGAUCAGCGUCUCCAGAUUGAGCAGGCGCUCGGCGUAGCUGGAGCUGAUGCAGUGUGAUGCAUCACCAUUCUCUGGUACAGUGUUCACAGCCAGUUUCCACUGCAUUGUGCCCUGGCAUAGUGUUCAGACUAAAAGCCAGUUUCCACUGUAUUGUGCCCUGGCAUAGUGUUCAGAGCCAGCUGUACUCUAGUGGCAUACAUCACCAUGCUCCGGCAUAGUGGCUGUUGCUGCUGCUGUUGCUUACAUCAUACUCUGGCACCGUGUUCAGAGCUAGUACUGUUCUAGUGUGCUCUGGCAUUGUGUGCUGAGCUUGUGGUACUCUAGCGUGCUGCUCUGUUUGACUCCAGUGUCCAGCCGGAGGCUCGGGGAAGCGGUCCAGCUUGAUGAUUCCCGUUUCCUAGAUCUCUUUGAAUAGCUGAUGUUUCGGCGAGCAGUCCUCGGCAUUCGGCCUGUCUCUGUCUGCUCUUUCAGAUCGUACGGCUGUUGCACAGUGGCAAUUUGAUUAUCAUGCCGCUGUUGCACAGUUGCUUGUUUGGACUAUCACUACUUCAGUAUUAUUAUUAUCAUUAUUAUUAUUAUUAUUAACUUUUUCUUAGGGCAACCCCUCCCCACAGACCUGAUUAUGUAGCUCCACACAACCCCUCCUCCCCACAGGUCUAAUCGCAGCUUCACGCAACCCCUCCCCACAGGCCUAAUCACGCAGCUUCACACGACGGCCUUUUCAGGUUGUACAGGUUUUUUUCUACAGCCGGCACGGCACCACUUUCUUACCACGCUGUAUUUUUUCCAAGGUCGCCUCAAUUAUAGGCGUCCGUGUGUGUGUGUGUCCCGUACUUCCCGAGCAUACUGCUGGUGCAUUUUGUGUUUUCCUGCAUGUCCAGUGGUGAUAAUGCACGGCGUGGCAUUUUGUGUUUGCUCUCUUUUCGUUUUCAAGCUGGCCCUUGUUACUUUCUAACAGUAACACUUCCCACCGCUCUAUUUUGCUCACUUUCCGCUUUUUUUGCUGCUUUAUGGAGAGCCCCUUGAUGGA